CUUUAGGAUAUUGCUGAAAUUUGCCUUAUUUAGGAAAGGUCUCUUACAUAACAUUAUCUACCUGAAGAGUAAGUGAAAAGCAUACUUUUGAAACAAUUAAAAAAAUUUUCUUUUUUACAUGCCCCUGCAAAUAAUCAAGAGAAGCCCCCUCAACUGAAGAUUCAUCCCAUGGAAUCAUCCAGCAACUCUUCUGCCACUCCAGUCUCUGAAUUCCUCCUCAUUUGCUUCCCUAACUACCAGGGUUGGCAGCACUGGCUGUCCCUCCCCCUCAGCCUCCUCUUCCUUGUGGCCAUGGGGGCCAAUGCCACACUCCUGAUCACCAUCUGUCUGGAAGCUACUCUGCACCAGCCCAUGUACUACCUGCUUAGCCUCCUCUCCCUGCUGGACAUCGUGCUCUGCCUCACUGUCAUCCCUAGGGUCCUGGCCAUCUUCUGGUUUGACCUCAGGUCUAUCAGCUUCUCUGCCUGCUUCCUCCAGAUGUUCAUCAUGAACAGUUUCUUCCCCAUGGAGUCUUGCACAUUUAUGGUCAUGGCUUACGAUCGCUAUGUGGCCAUCUGCCACCCACUGAGAUACCCAUCCAUCAUCACUGACCAAUUUGUGGCCAAGGCUACUGUCUUCAUUGUGGCACGAAAUGCUGUCCUUGCUGCACCUAUUCCUAUCUUCAUUGCCCGACUCCAUUAUUGUGGGAAAAAUGUCAUUGAGAACUGCAUCUGUGCCAACCUGUCUGUGUCCAGGCUUUCCUGUGACAAUUUCACCCUUAACAGAAUGUAUCAAUUUGUGGCUGGCUGGACCCUUCUGGGCUCUGACUUCAUCCUUAUAUUCCUGUCUUACACCCCCAUUCUAAAAGCUGUCCUAAGAUUCAAGACUGAGGGGGCUGCAGUCAAGGCUCUGAGCACGUGCGGCUCCCAUUUCAUUCUCAUCCUGUUCUUCAGCACCAUCCUGCUGGUUGUGGUGCUCACAAAUGUGGCCAGAAAGAGGAUUCCCAUGGACAUCCUUAUCCUGCUCAAUGUCCUUCAUCAUCUCAUUCCACCUGCCUUGAAUCCUAUUGUGUAUGGGAUUCGGGCCAAAGAGAUAAAGCAAGGAAUUCAGAAAUUGCUGCAGAGAGGGAUGUGAAUAUGUGAAAUAGGUUGCUAAUUCUUCCUCUUUCCUCCUCAGUGAUUUUUGCCUAGGCUGUGAGGCAGAGAACAGCAUGGGGAGUGACCAUUUUUAAAUACACUGGGGCUCAGUUCAUAACCAACCCUGAUUCCUUUCUGUACUCUCUUUGCCUGGUUCAGGUGGAGGUAGGCAAGAGAAAGAAAUCCAUAUUUCUUGAGUAUCUGCAUUGAACCUACACAAUUAUAUACACGAUCAUAUUUAAGCAAGUUCUCAGAACAUCCCUGCAGGCAUUAUUACUCUAGUAUGUAUACAUACUAGAAAACUGAUGCUUUUAAUUAGAGGGGGGAAACUGCCAAAGAUCACAUAGCUGGGAAACAAUAGAGUAGAAAUUAAAAUCUAGACUCUAGAGCCUAAGUUCUUUCUACCCACAGAAAUACCAGUUUGAGUACUAUUGAAGCUGGAGACCAGACCUCUAUCCCACUCUCCUUUGGCCUGUGUUUUAUCCUUGGUAUCCAUACGUAUCUCCUUCUUGUAUCUUUUUCCUUGAGGGCCAUGGAGUUUUCAGAGAAGGCAGAGUCCUGCCUGACAAAAAAUCUGCAGGACUUCAAAAAAGAGCAUUCGUAAUAAUAUAAACAAUACCAGCUUUCUAGUCUAUCUUUCAUAGCCUCACAACCUUCAGGGAAGUCUUGGUAAUGACGAUACAGAUAGGGAGGCAGGUGUGGGGAAGGGGCACUAAUAGGACAGGAAAGAGGGAAACUGACUAGGACAGUGGUUUGGCUAAUUUCCCUAUAUGUUUAAACUACACAUGCAGUGAACUUAAAACCAAGUCUUAUUUGAUCUGGUGACUGUGCCUAAGAACUCUAGUUGAAGGUGGGAAGACAUAACAUAGUGUCAAGUUUCUGGAUGACAGUAGGUUUUGUUAGGAGAAAACAUACACACGCAAAUACAGACUCAAACCUGUUAUUUUUAGAGAAUAUAUUAUAAGCGAUUGGUUAAUUGAGGUUGAUUACUUGAAAACCACAAAGGGGACAUUGAGGUAACACACAGAGAUAGUACCUGCAGGUAGAACCUUCUACUCUUAAAGUUGGAGUGAACAAAGGGAAGAGAUUGGGUCAUUUCAAUCUAAAGGCUCAGAUGGAAUGGGGGCUCAGAUCUCUGAGAAGGGGGUACUGCCCUAUCUGGUACUGGUGCCACAGAAGUUCAGAGGGAGUGCCCCUUAGAGUUGGGACUAAAACCUCUGAGGAUGGGUCAUUACACUGCUGGUGCUGCCUCUCCUGUGGUGGUUCGGCGAGGCUGGUUCUGAGAGUUCUAAAACCAAAACCAAACCCCAUUCAAAUAACCAACCAACCAACCCACAAACCAAAAACUCUGGAAACUGGAAUUAACUCCACUGACAAGAUAAAUAAAAAA